AUGGCCUCCAUGCAGGACGGGCUGAACUUCACGGCUCCUCCCUACGGCAAGGUCCUGCUGCUGGGUGCUAUCGCUGCUGCCUCAGCCUUUGUUGUUACAAUCCUCAUCGUGGUGCUCUGUGUGGGCUGCCAGAGGAAGGGGAAGACACACAAUGUCCCCGGCGAAGGUGGAAAACACCGUCUCAUGGACAUGGGUAUACUCAGGCAGUCGAAGCUGCGGUCCAUCAGUAAAUCAGAAAAAAAACAUCCAGCCAGCUUGGAGCUUCUGCUGCUGCCCAGCCGCUGGUCUAACUCUGACCUUCGUUCUCAAGGCAGGCAGCUUCCCCAGAUCCCUUCUGGGACUGGAGAGGAUGGGGAGCACACUUACUCUGAAGUGGGCCGACGCUCCUCCACCACACGUACUGACGAUGCCCUCUACGCCAUGGUAGGCAGGGCCGGGCAGACGGACACUCCGGCCCCUCCGGCCGUGCCUGCCAACACCCCGGCGCCACCAGACCCAGAUGGGGACGUGGAAGGAGGGCUGCCUGAACCUGAGGCCCAGGUCAUGUCUCCCCCUCACCCUCCAGAGACGGCUGAGUACGCCUGUGUCAGGAAGCUGAGGAAGGCCGACAAGGCGCCCCAAAAGAGGGACAGCGGGACGGAUAUGGCGGAGCCACCGGCACCGCCUCCUCGACAUGCCCCGCCGUCACAUCCCGCCCCUCCUCCGCCACACCCUCAUAGCACAAAGUUGCCCCGUAGAAAUGUGGAGGCCUUUAACGUCCCAUCAUUCCCAAAGGAAGUGAUGUUUAUGGGCAACGGAGAGCAGUACAUCUGGAAGCCUCCGGAGGAUGAUGACAUGCUCAUGCUGCAAAAUAAAGCCCUGGGCCCAUUGGGUGCUCACACAGUGGAGAAUAUACAACCGUCUGCUGCUGCGGUGGCUGAGAUGUACUCGAAGGUGUGCAAACCAGGAAAGAAGAAAAGAGCUGUGCCGGGGUCUCCCCCAGCCAAUCCUGGCUUCCGGACCUUGGGUCGUGGUGACCGUGACCGAGACCGGGAUGGGGGAUUUAGUGUAGUGGUCAAACCCCAGACCUGGGCUCCUCAGGAGGGCAAAGCAGUUGGAGGGCCCCUUGACGACCACUGCUAUGAGUCCAUCGGGACAGAGGAGUGCGAUCCAGCCUAUGAGAACAUGGAAGGUGGAGGCGGCUGGAAGCGAGAGAGGCCCCCCAACACGUGUGCCACCCUGCGGCCGAGAAGGAAGAAAACCCAGCAGCCCUUGCAGCAGCAGCAGCCCCCUCCACCGCCACCAACGCAGCAGACCCCCAAGUUACAGCACUUGCCUGCCAAAGCCCUGCUGUUGCCAGGGGAGAAUCUGUACGAGAGCAUCGGCGACCUGAAGCAGGGCUCCGCCACCUCCAGCACCACCACCAUUUUCACUUUCAACGACGGCAUGGAGAUGUAUGUAACAGGGCUCUGA